AUGCACAUCAAUCAAAAGGCAGGCGACCAUUUUGAAUACCCGGAUGUGGAAAACGAAAACGAGGCUGGGUCAAAGCGGCGCUUAAAUUUUAAAGAAAGAGGAAAGAUCUACCCGAAUAUUUUUUUAUUUGAAUUUGUAUCCGUAAUUUUGAAAAGUGAUUUUAUAAUGGAUCCAAGCAAAAGAGAUACACUGAUCCAAUGGAUCAAUGCAAUAAAUCCACUUGAGACAAUUGAGUCUUUACAAGAAUUGAGAGAUGGAGAGCAACUGAUCAGUUUGUUGAGCACUAUAACCUCCAACUCUUAUUCCAAUUUGCUCACCAGAAAAGAACGUUUUGAAGUUGUGCAGAAAUUUAUUGAAGAUUCUUACAAUUAUGACUUUAGUGGACAAGUGAAUUUUGACCGUGACAAUGAACUCGACUUUGCAAAGGUGUUGGUUCUUGUGCUAUCAGUUGGGGUCCAAGGAGAACACCAGGAGCAGCUCAUGACUCCUGCCCUCUCUUUAGAUCAAAGAUCCCAAGUGGAAAUAAUGAAUAUCCUAAAAGAAAUUGUUUCUGACUGCCCGAACAAGUUAAACUUGGACAACCUUCUUGCUUGCAGAAGUGAAGAUACCUUUGACUCUACUGAUGUCUCCUGUCAUUUUUCACCUGAAAAGACCCAUUCUGAAGAACAAGCUCAUCCAGCUUCUAUUCCGUCCAAAGCUGAGCUUCAGAAUCGCUCAACCAGUACAAGUUCACUGACUGAAAUAAUGUCUCCUUUCCAGAGGAUAAAUGUUGGCUUUUCUCCAGCAUCCACCACACCUUUGCAUUCGCUCAUCACUUCCACUGGAUUCAGCAGCAGAAUCAUUCAACGUGAAAGGAAUUUAAGAAGGAAAGCAGAGAAUGAAAUUGAAGAAAAAAAUAAACUCUUAAAGAAACUAACGAGUGACUUGAAUACGGAACGACAUUUACGCUCAGACAUUGAACUGGAAAUACAAGAAAAGAUCAAAACAAUAAACAGCAAAAGUUUUAAAGAGCAUUUUCCACUUGGUUUGUUUCUUUUCAAUCUAGAUGACAAGAUCCAUGACCUGAUGACUCAGAAUCGAACUUUGAAGCAACUUCAGGACAAACUGGAUGAGUUGAAUAUGUUAAAGGAGGAAUAUGAACAAAUGGUCACAGAGACAGAAAAAUCUAAAUCCUAUGUUGAAGAACUAAAAGAUCUUCGACUGCAGAAUUCCAGUUUGAAAAAAGAAGUGAAUGAAUUAUAUGAAGAAAUCAACAGUUUGAAAGAAAUGAAAAUUCAGUUUAAAAUUCUGCAACUUGAUUGCAAUAAAUACAUUGACGAGCUGCAGAAAGAAGAGAAGAAAUGUGCUUCAUUGCAGACAAGUUUAGAUCUUAAACAAAAAGCCGUAGAUGAUGCUGUCAAUAGCAAGAAUUUUACUGAAGACAAUUUGACUAAAAUGAAAGAGAUGUAUGAAGAUAUGAAAAGGCAGUAUGAAGAACUCCUUGCUUUCCAGUCAGUUAAUGAGCCAUCUGGUGAAAGAAUGACAGUCAUAACUGACCAGUUAAUGGAUGAGCUAAAAAAAGAAUUAGAUGACUUGAAAAACACAUGGAUUACACCCAGUACUCAUGAAGAGCUGAAAAUUAAAUUGGCAAAUAUUGUUACCGAACGAGACUCUUUUGAGUCAAAAUCUUUGAAGCUUUGUGAAGAAGUUCUCCAAGUGCAGUCAGAUAAUGAUCUGCUUAAGAAAAAAAAUGAAGACUUUGAAAUUGAGCUAGAGAAAUGUCAGCGUCACUUGCAAGACAGUCAACGUAACAUUGAGAAGUUGACGGCUAACCUGGAAGCAUUCAACACAAGGGAGACUCAAUGGCACCAGACGGAAAUGAAAUACAAGACUGAACUUCAGCAGCUGCAAACCAAAUUAGGUCAAAUGCAGAUGGAAUUGUCGUGUGUUAGCACGGAACUCAAAUUGGCUAAUGCUCAACUGGAAAGUGAUUUCAAGAGCAGUGAAUUAAGGCGCCAGACUUUGGUGCAGUCAGUCAGUGAACUAAGGAAUGAGAAGAAGGUGCUGGAACAAAAUUAUGAGGCAGACAAAGUUGCAGUAGAAGAGAAGGCCAAAGGUCUUAAGUCUCAGCUGGAAACUCUGAAAAUGGAAUUUGCCUCCAGAGAGCAAGAGUUGUCAGCUCAAAAUGAAUCUGUUGCCAUGGAACGGCAAGAGCUUGAACAGCAGUUGGAAACAGAGAGGAGACUCAGAGACAACAUGGAAAGAAACCUCACCUCGCAACAUGAGGAGGUUGAAAACGAGCUGAAUGAAACAAUUUGUCAGUUGAAAGAAGAUCUGAAAGCUGCCGAAGAGGAUACUCAGCGUCUCCGGAGCCAACUCCGAGAAAAGAUUGACGAGUAUGAUGGCCAGGUGGAAUCACUGACUAAUUUUAAGUUUGAGUUGCAGGCAAAGGUGAAUAAGCUGGAAUCACAGGCCAGUUUAGAUAAGCAGGAGAGGUUCAAGCUGCAGGCUGAGGUGAAAAAUUCUGGGGAGCAAGUUGAAGAGUUGAUGCAGAACAUUGGAAAAUUAACUGAGAGGCUGAAUAAAUCAAUUGCCGAGAAGAAAGAUUGUCAGGAGAAAUUACAGGAUGUUGAAAAGAAGCUUGAGUUGGCGUUUGAGGAAUCUCAACACUGGAUGACCAAGAACAGUUCCGACAAGAAGACAUUUGAAGUUAAGAUUAUGGCCUUGGAGAAGGAACAGGCCAAGUUUGCAGAGUCGAACAGGUGUGCUAUGGAAGAAUUGUCGGAUGAGUUAAGAUCCUCAUUGGAUGAGAAUUGCAAGUUGAAGUCACAGCUACAGAAACAGACUGAUCUGCUCACAGACACAAGAGCUGAACUUGAAGUAAAAGUGCAGUAUGUUGAGGGUGUACAGGAACAGCUCUCACAACUGCAAAAGUUGCACCACGACUUGCAACAGCAGAAUUGCCUGCUGAAUAACAACUUGGUCAUGACUCAGAGCCAGCUGGCGUGUAAAGAGUCUGAAGUGACGGACUUGGAACGUAAGAUAGACGAGUUGUCGGACGAGAAAAUCUGCCUUGUAGAGUCCCAUGAGAAAGAGCUUGGUGCCACCAGGCAAGCCCUGUCACAGGAGAUUGUGAACCUGAAUGAGCAAAUUGAAAGCUCAAAAUCAACUCUGUUAGGUUUUGUUGAGCAGGUUGUGAAGGUAGCAAACCCCAAGUUCAGUACUGACAACCUCAACUCAUCUUUGUAUCUCGGAGAGCUGGUGGAAUCAGUUGGAAAGGACAUUUUCCAUACAGUUGAAGAUCAAUCAAAGAGGCUGACAGAUGCUGAAGAGAGAUGCACCUCACAAGAGACCCAGCUUUCACAGCUGCAAGAAAACUUGCAAGUAAAGCUACAGGAAGGUGAAAUGCUUAAAGAAGAUCUCAAAGAAAUGAGGGCCCAUUCUGAACAGUUGCAAGCCCUGAAAGACAAACAACAGCAGCAACUAGAGGAAAACGAUGCCCUUAUCAAAAACCUGGAAGAAGCAAAAGCUAGUCUGGAUAGCCAGAUACUUAGUGAGAGGGAAAGUUUCCAGGCUAGGCUGGAUGAGGCCAGUACAGAGUGUAACACAACAAGGCAGUCAUUAGAGGAAAAGACAUCCUGUAUAGUUGAAAUGAAGCAGCAGCUGGAUAAAAACGAUACCCUUAUCAAAAGUCUAGAAGAAACAAAAGCUAAUCUGGAUAGCCAGAUACUUAGCGAGAGGGAAAGUUUCCAGGCUAAGCUGGAUGACACUAGUAUAGAGUGUAACACAACAAGGCAGUUAGUAGAGGAAAAGACAGCGUACAUAGUUGAACUAAAGGAGCAGCUGGAUAAAAACGAUGCCUUGAUCAAAAGUCUAGAAGAAACAAAAGCUCGUCUGGAUAGCCAGAUACUUAGCGAGAGGGAAAGUUUCCAGGCUAGGCUGGAUGAUGCCAGUACAGAGUGUAACACAACAAGGCAGUUAGUAGAGGAAAAGACAGCGUACAUAGCUGAGCUGAAGGAGCAGUCUAUUAUGCUUGACAAUGAGCUGAAGUCUGUUCAUCAAGAGGUGGGCCAGCUGGAAGCCGCUCGUAACGAAUUGCAGCAGAGGAAGAAAGAAACUGAGGAUGAACUAGCCGAAAAAUGUCUUCAGUUGGAGGUUGCUGCGCAGAAGACGUCAGAAAUGACUGUGCUGCUUACUGACAAGGAUUCUCUGAUUGAAAGUCAGUCAGAGAUCCAGAACCGCCUGGAAGAAUCGUUAGCAUCUCUGAAUCAAAAGGUGGCAGCAAACGAUCUGGAAAUAAAUGUGCUGAACUCUGACCUCGCACAAAAAGAUCUCCUCAUCAAAGAAAAGAAUUCUGAACUGGAAGAGCUCUCUGAGACACUUGAACAAAACAAACGGCAAUUGCUGGAACUUGUAGAGGAACAUGAGACUGCAAUAACAGCUCUUCAGCAAGAAGUGAUGCUGGAUUACGAGGCAAAGCUCGAUGCUGUAGUCGCUGAUUAUGAAAACAACAUCUGUGAAAACUAUGUCGGCCAGUCAACAGUGAACUGUCUGGAAGAAAAGCACAAAAUUGAAAUUGAAGAGCUGAGGGUGACUCUGGAACAAGAACGCAAAGAUGUCCUUUCAGAACUGCGGGAAGAUCAUGAAGCCAGCAUAAAUGCCCUGAAGCAUCAGUUUGCAACCCAAUUGUCCACAGAGUAUAUCAAGUUGGAAGAUGCACAGGAACAGAAUCAGAAGCAUUUUCUUGAAGUGGAGCAGUUGCAAAAGGCAGUCAAAGAAUAUCAGACGAAAAUGGACUCUCGAGAACAGGAAUACAAAGAAUCGCUGGAGCGUGUUGUCUUGGAAUAUAAAGAAAAGAUUGCUAAUGAUUUUGUUCCAAGCAGUGUCUUUGAUGAGCAAAAGGAGCAACACUUAACAGAGAUAACUCGGGUCCAGAAUGAGCUGACGGCAGACCAUGAGAAAAAGGUUCAGCUUCUGACUGAAGAACACGCAGUGUCUCUGAAACAGCUGAUGUGCAGUUAUGAAGAGAACUUAAUCAAUGAGUAUGUGCCACGGCAGACGGUCGAAGAAGAGAAGGAGAACUUGGUGCUGGAGACGAGGAAGAAUCUGGAGGUGGAAAUGCAGGAGAAAACAGCAGCCCUGCAGCAAGAACAUGAGGCUCUUUUAGCCCGGAAUGAACAACAAUUCCAAGAGAUGCUGACUGAGAAUUACAUUGAGAAAUCAGCGCUGGCUGAGAAGGAGAAAGAGUUGUCACAACAGCGUGCUGAGUUUGACCUCAUUGUUGCCACGUCGGAGAAUGUGAAAGAGCAACAUGAAGCCUCGGUGAAGUCAUACGAGUUGAGGGUCUCUGAGUUGGAGGAGAAGCUUGGCCAGCAAGAAAUGCACAUUGGUUGCCUUGAGGAGCAGGUGGUCAACGAGAAGUUUGAUGGCGAACGACAGACCAACGAAGUAAAGAGAGCAUUGGAAGGGCAGCUGACUGAAAUGAAGAAACUGGUGGACAUUGCACAACAGGAUUUAGCCACUGCUGUCGACAUUCACAAAGCUGAAAGCGAUCAACUUAGGGCCCAGAUUAGUCUGCUGGAGAAAUCAAACCAGGAUGAAGCGACACGACUGACUGAGAAUUACCAAAGGGAUUUUGAACAAAUGAAACAAGAAUACCAAGCGAAAAUUGUUGAACUGGAUGCAACUUACAAAGCAGAACUUAACCAACAGAAAGAAUGUCACCUCCAAGAAAUGUGUGUCUCCCAUGCCAAAUAUGAAGAAAUCCAACAGAACCUUGUGAGUACCCAGUCCAAAGCUGAGGAAGCUGUCUCUUUGAAGGAACAAGAACUGAAAGAGAUUUUAGCAGACACAGAGAAACAAUUGAACACAGAAAAGUCCCUCAUAGAGAAAAAACUCACUGAUGUUGAAUCUGAAUUCACCGAAUUCAAGGCAAACCACAAGUUGGUGUUGGAGUCCAAUGAAGAGAAGAUUGCCAAUUUGAAUUCAUGCAUCAGCAAAUUGAGAGAGGAAUAUCGGAUGAACCAGAGCAAGUGCGACCUGAUAGAACGCCAGCUGAGGGAACGAGAACAGAAAUUGAUAAUGGAUAACAUGAAAACUUUAUCCAAAGCGGAGGAAAUGAAUAAAUCUUUGAGCAACCAACUGCAAGUGGCUCAGAAAGAAGUGAGUCUUGCUCAGAAGAAAAAAGAAGCCACCCAAAAGGAGGUUGACUCUUUAACCAAUGAUCUGAAACUUGUAAAGCAGAUGAAACAGAAGGCAGUCAAUGAAUUACAGGAAUACAAAAUUCACUGUCUGGAAUUAAAGGAGAAUUUCUCUUCUGAGAAAAGCCAAUUAGAGAAGAAUAUCCAGGAGAUUAAGGAACAAAACCUGGAAAGUCAUGCAGAGAUUGAGAACUUAAACAAACUCAUCAAGCACUACAAGACCCGAGAAGAAAUUAAAUUUUCUAAGUUUAUGGAACAACGGGAACUGGACAAAAAAAGUAUCGAGAAACUGACCAGCAAAAUAUCGGCGUUGGAACAAGAGAAGAAAUCAAUGACCGACUACCUGAAAAAGGAAGAGGAAAAAUUCAAAGCCUUUGAUAAAGAAAAUCGGACUUUACAUCGAAAAGUUUCUGACUUAACGGAGCAACUGGAGAAAGCUGGAAAUGCUCUCUUUGAUUCCAACAACCAUGAUUUUGAUCUGCCAAAUGAUUCCCUUGACAGUCCUGACAUCAAAGAAAUAACGAGACGGACUUAUGAAUUGAGGUCAAAAUCUGGCAUCUGGAACAGAAUGAAAGUAGAAGAUUACAAUAUUUCUCCAGUCAGCUGCCAGAGCAGAGGCUCAAUAUCAAGUUAUAAGUCAGUUGCAUCCAAUGUUUCCUCUACCUCCAAGACACCCAUACCACCUGGUUGUGGUCAAAUCUUCUCUUGUGAAGAUGAACCAACAACAUUUGACUGGGGACGUAUUACUGAGAUCCGACGAAGAAAUACCAUGGUACCAGCGCACCUACGGUCAACAUACCCUGCCGAGCUGCAGAAUAUUCCAAAUUCUAUAAAUGAAGAAAUGACAAAACCCAGUGCACCUGGGUCAGGCAAACGUAAAAGGAAAAGCCCUGUUUCAAAAACACAAGCGAAAGAAAUUAAAGAUAGACCUGCAACUCCUGGUAGAUUGAGACGUUUGAGAAUUCGGACAAAUUUGAAUAAUGAAAACUCUCCCCAAUCAGAUAAGAAACGCUUGCGAACUUUGCCGACUCCUCAGAAAAAGCCCGAGUAUACUGGACGGCCAAGCAUGGCAUUUGAAAUUUCCAACACACCUAAACUGAGUAAACGGCGCCAGAAGGGACGCUCCACCAUUUUUCAAAUGUCAGAACCAAAAAGGGAACCCUUAAAACCACGUAACUGUCACCAGACAAAUCUUUGA